UACAGACAUCCAAAAUUUGUAAAAAAAAUCACUUCUUCUCUUUUCCCGGUUUUUUCUUAACCAAAUUUUCCCUACUUCAAUCCCCUCUGUUUCACUGUUCUUCAACACAAUCUUCUCAAUCUCACAGAAAAAAAAAAAGAAGGAAAAAACUCAAUGGGUGGCAAACUUCAGUUUUUACCACCAACCAAAAGAUUCAUGUUAAUGCAACAACAAGACCAAAAAGAAAAUGGGUCUGUUUUGGUUUCACAACUUCCUGCUAAAAAGCGAAAAUUCUCUCCAGAAAACCCAUCCAUUUCUAAUACCACUGUUACUACUCUUUGUUUACCAGCCAAGAAACGUGUUUGGGCUUUUCACCCAUUUGACCUUAAUGAAGAGUAUAAUCCACUCCCUUUUGAUGACGAUGAAAUCAACAAGGACAAAUUGAUAACAAAUGAUGAUAAUGAUGUUGAUGAUGAUGAUGAUGGGAUUAUCUGUGCUAUUUGUAAUAGCACAGAUGGAGAUCCACUAGAUCCAAUUGUUUUAUGUGAUGGUUGUGAUUUAAUGGUUCAUACCACUUGCUAUGGACAUCCUUUUACCGAUGGUAUUCCAGAAGGUGAUUGGUUUUGUGCCCAAUGCUUGGCAUCUAAAUCAGGCCUUAAAUCAUUUACUUGUUGUCUUUGCCCUGAAACUGGUGGAGCCUUAAAGCCCACUAUGAAUGAAGGUAAAUGGGCUCAUAUUGUUUGUGGGCUUUUUGUACCUGAAGUAUUUUUCAAUGAUCCAGAAGGACGUGAAGGAAUUGAUUUCAGUAAAGUGCCUAAGAGAAGAUGGGAAAGAAAGUGUUAUAUUUGUAAAUCAAGAAAUGGAUGUGCUAUUGAUUGUUCUGAGCCAAAAUGUCCAUUGUCUUUCCAUGUUACUUGUGGGUUGAAAGAUGAACUUUGUAUCGAGUACAAAGAAGGAAGGAAAAAUGGUGGUGUUGUUGCUGGCUUUUGCAGUAGCCACACUGAACUAUGGAAAAAGCAACAACAAACAGGGAAGUUCAAGAUUGUGCCAAGAGAAGAACUUGACAGAUAGACAAGCAUAUGAGUCAACAGAGUUUCAGAUAUACAAGGGCAUCAUCCAAAUUCGAUGAUAUCUAUGACAAUCCCAGUUUUUAUUACUAGUAGAGUAGUUGAAAGACAGUAGUAGUUAAUUUGUAGUGCGUUUUUCUUUUUGUAGUUAUCAUGAUUUGAAAUAUUCCAGUUAUUGUUAUUCAGUGUAAAUCUUUUUUACACAAAUCUCAAAUAUUGUCACUUAUUUAUUAUUCGAUUUUUAAAUAAGGAUAAUAGUCGUAUAACCUUGUUUAUUCUAUAUUUACUGAUCAUUGUUAGA